UUCUGUGCGUUCAUCUGGAUCUCGACGGGACUCGGGACGUGCUCUAACACGUUUUUACUGGUGAAAACGUUUCGUGUUUUCGUUAGAGGCUCAUUUGCUUGUUGAAACUUUUCGGCGGAGUCGAGGAGUUACAGGAGGAAUAAGGUCUCCUGAAAAUUUCAACUAAGACCUAUUUUGGGUCAAAACGCUGCUUCCUUACAUACAGUGAUUUACGAUUGGUGAGCUUUUAAUUGAUUGUAAGGACUCCCGUGUGCACCUAUCGAUUGGUGGAGCGCUUCGUGCUGCUCCUCUCUAACCUCGUUUUCGCGCGAAAGGGUAACGCAUCCCGCUGGAGUGGCAACAAUUCGAAGAGGAGGCGAUUCGUGAUUCCACACUUUCGUUCCUUCACAUGAAAUCCGACGAAGAAAUGGGACGCGACAAGCCAUCUGGAGCUACACAAGGCAACCAUACGCAUCAUUCAAAAAACAAAGGAGGCGAAAGCAGACGAAUGGUGGAUAUAACAAGAGACAAACCGAUAAAAGUGGCGGUGAGAGUCGUAGUGCCUGUGAGGGAUCAUCCUAAAUUUAACUUCGUCGGCAAACUUCUCGGUCCCAAAGGAAAUUCCCUGAAACGGCUACAAGAGGACACAAUGUGUAAAAUGGCUGUACUCGGAAGGGGAUCAAUGAAGGACAGGCAUAAGGAAGAAGAACUUCGAGCUAGCGGAGACCCUAAGUUUCAACACCUAAGUGAAGAACUCCAUGUUGAAAUUAGUGCUUUUGCUACACCCGCUGAAGCUCACGCUAGGAUUGCAUAUGCUUUAGCAGAAGUUAGACGAUUUUUAGUACCGGAUUACAAUGACGAUAUCAGACAAGAACAGAUGUGGGAGAUGCAGGUGCUGUCAAAUCAGAAAAACACCAAAGGUGAUGAGUCAAAUGGAGGCGGAUCACAGAUAGAAAACAGCGAGGACAGAUUGAGUGAUGGGGAGGCGGGAGAAGGCAACGGGGCUUUCGGCUCCGAUUCACAAAAUUCCAAAGACGACAACAGUAUGGAACAUCCAGCUAUGAGAGGGAUUCAAGCAGGAAACACUCCACCAACAGUUCCAACUGACAUCCUGGCUCCCACCAACGGCCAGUCACCUACCUCAGCUGAACCAGGAGCGGCCGCCAUAUGUCCAGUAGCUGCUGCGGCAGCUUUAGGCAACCGCAAGAGGCCCCUUCUGUCUGGGGGCCCGCGAACGUCCAUGACGCCCACCAAGAGAACAGUAAUGGGCCUGUUAGCCAGAGCACGAGCAGCUCAAGCCAAACAAUUACCCGGCGUGACGGGAGCUACUGCUUUUGCAAGAGGAGUUUCUGUAUUUGAUGAGCGUGCUCCGACACUCGUGCCACUUCUGCGAGAGGAUUACAUGAGUGCAGUUAAUCUGAACCUGAUUUAAGAUCAGCUAUUGUGCGACAGAUUCCUAGCAAGUUUGUAACACACAGCAGCUCAAAUAAUAUCGUGAUGAUGAACUGGAGUGAACCUUUCUUGUUUAUAUAUAUGUUAAGUUGAAGGAGAACAUAUAGUAAAAAGAAAUAUUCAAUGUGUAUUUAGGUUUGUUUUGCUUUCUAAAUUACUUGGAGUAGAAUAAUGAGAAUAAAGAAGAAUAAAGAGAAGAACAUUUGCAAAAACUUUUUAUAGUUAAACAGAUAGAUAUAUAGAAGUAUAAAAACCCCGUGCAAGACAUCCCGUAACGCGGCAGUUCGUAAGCCCAAAAAUCGUAACGGACAAUUCGUAAUGACAUCAAUUCGUAACGCCGUAAAUUCGUAACGGUGUCAGUUCGUAACGUCGACAGUUCGUAACGGCGACAAUUCGUAACGGUAUAAUUCGUAACGUCACAAUUGAAUUAUUCCAUUUAUUUUUUUUAACGUGGAAACUAACUUUUAUUAUAGUUACAAUUGAAGCUAGGUUUAUCAAGUUAACGAACCCGCAUCGGUAUCGUAUUAUACUGUAUAGUUAUGAACUGUCGUGGCUACGAAGUGUCGCCGUUACGAAUUGAUGCGUUACGAAUUGUUCGUUACCAUUUAUUUGCUUACAAACUGUCGCGUUACGAGAUGGCUUUUCACAUAAAAACCCAUACAUUGUCAAAUAUUUGUAUCGCGCGCUAUAAUGUAUAUUUAUGGUGAAGAUUUGGAAAAUAUGUAUGUAAGUAGGUAUAACAUGUUUAUAUAAAAGUUUAUAUAAACUAGAAUUCAACAUUAAGACGUUUUAAGAUGUUGGUAUCGAAUAUUAAGUUUGAUUUCUCAUAUCGUUAUAACUUUUCUUAGAGUCAUCUAUACCUACAUUAAUUUACAAGAAGUGUGAGUUCCAGAUGAGAGACACUCAAUUCGGAUUUCGAAACAGAUUGGGAACACGAGAUGCUCUUUUUAUGUGUUAUUACAACGAUGCAGAGACAAAAAUAUACAGGGUGUUUCAUUAAUAAUUGUCCAUAUAGUAACUGGAGAAACUUUAGCACAAAAUACAAAGAUUUAACCUAAAACACUUAACUAAAUUGUGGUUCCUUACUGAGUUACAGGGUGUUUUAUCUAAAAAUUUAAAAACUAUUUUUGCUCAGCAUUUUAAAACUGUUCUACGUAUCCUUUUCAUACUUGGCAGAAAGUGCGACUACUAUACACCCUACUAAAUUUUUAUAAACAAAGGUUUCUAGGUACUACCAGAGGCGUACGACAGGGGAUAGUGAAUGGUUGACCCUUCUCAAAUUCUACGCCACUGGAGGAAUUACUAUUUUAGUGCCAUUUUUAGAUUCUCCAAUACUUUCUACGUAAAUAAUAUACUUUUCAUUGGUAACGAUAAAGUUAUUAGUUUUCGAGAUAUUUGAAGUUAAAUAUGAAACGGCACAGUUAUUUUGAUUAAUUUAUGAUUAUUUAUGAUUCAUAUGAUUCAUAUGAUUAAAAUUUAAAAAUUAUUUGUACCCAGUACUUUAAAACUAUUUGGCGUAUCCUUAUCAUACUUGGUAGAAAGUGUAGGUACUGUACACCCUACUAAAUUAAGAUAAAUAAACGUUUCUAGCUACUACCAGCGGCGUACGACAGGGUAUAGUGGCUGGUUGACCCUUCCCAAAUUCGAUGCAACUGACGAAAUUGCUAUUUUAGUGUAAUUCUUUGAUUUUCCAAUACUUUUUAUGUAAAUAAUAUACUCUUCAUUCGUAACGAUAGAAUGAUUAGUUUUCGAGAUAUUUGAAGUUAAAAAUUAAGCGACACAAUACAUUAAUCAAAAUAACCGUGUCGUUUCAUUUUUAACUUCAAAUAUCUCGAAAACUAAUGAAGUUAUUGUUACAACUAAAGAGUAUAUUAUUUUCAUAGAAUAUAUUGGAGAAUCCAAAAAUUGAACUAAAAUAGCAAUUUCGUCAGUGGCGUAGAAUUUGGAAAGGGUCAACCAUUCACUUUCCCCCGUCGUACCCCUCUGGUAAUAGCCAGAAACAUUUGUUUAACGUAAUUUAGUAGUUUGUACAGUACCUAUACUUUCUGCUAAGUAUGAAAAGGAUACGUCGAAUAGUUUUAAAAUGCUGAGCAAAAAUAGUUUUUAAAUUUUUAGAUAAAACACCCUGUAACUCAGUAAGAAACCACAUUUUAUUUAAGUGUUUUAGGUUAAAUCUUCGUAUUUUGUGCUAAGGUUUCUCCAGUUACUAUAUGGAUAAUUAUUAAUGAAACACCCUGUAGAUGUACAUGCAUAUUUUAUUGAUUAUCGAAAUACAUUUGGCUACGUUAACCAUCAUGAGAUGAUCUAAAUUCUAAUAACAACUAAAAUUGACGAACAAGACUUGCGAAUUAUCUCAGAACUAAAUUGGCACAAAACGGCAACUAACAAUUCAUAUAGAAUAUAGAGCAUACAACAUCCGAACAUAUCCGAAUCCGACAAUGAGUGCGACAGAGUUGCAUCUUAUCACCGCUAUUACUCUGUAUUCGGAGUCUAUUUUCUAUAUCGAUCCAUAUUGACGAGGUCCAAAGCACUGGCGGAUCCAGGGGGUGUCACGGGGGGUCAUGACCCCCCCCAUAAUUGUAAACCCACGUAUCCUAGGGUUGGUAAGACUAAGUGACCUUGCAUCAGAAGAGAAAGGUAACUAAAUCACCCUCAAGACCCAUGACCCUCCCCCCAAACAAAAUUUCUGGAUCCGCCACUGAUCCAAGGUGGAAUCAGCAUUAACGGAACCAACAUAGACAACAUCAGGUACCCUGAUGAUACCGUCUUAAUAGCAGGCAACGCGCACAAGUACUACCUACAAAAUAUAAUAAAUGUGGUAGUUCAGUUUACAUCUAAACGUUUCCAAAACUAAAAGUUUAGUAUUUUCAAAGACACCAAUAAACGUACAUUUGUAUGUCUUCUUCUUCUUCUUUCUUCUUCGUCUAGCCAUUCACGUCCACAUCUGAACAUAAGCCUCUUCAAGUCUUCCUUUCCAUUGUUUUUUGUUGUACACUACUUGUAGCCAAUUUUUCCCGGCAGUUCGUUUCAGAUCAUCUGUCCAUCUCAUAGGAGGUCUGCCUCUAGGUCUUUUGUGUUUGUAUGGUCUCCAGGUUAGAAUUGUUAUGUGCCAUUUGUUAAGAUCGCUCCUAGCUACAUGUCCAGCGUAUUCCCAUUUCAAUGUUAGUGAUUUUUGUACCACAUCGGUGACUUUGGUUUUCUGUUUGGUGUUUGUUUUCCUGUCCUUAAGUGAUAUGCCAAGCAUUGCUCUUUCCAUCGCGUGUUGAGUGACUUUGAGUAUGUUCAUAUUAUUUUUUGUGAUUGUCCAUGUUUGUGCCCCAUAUGUUAAUAUCGGAAUAAUGCAUGCAUCAAAAACUUUAGAUCUAAGAUGUAGUUGAAUUUGCUGAUAUCUGAGUAUAUAGUUCAGUUUGCCGAAUGCUGCCCAUGCUAACUUUCUUCUUCUUUUUAUUUCUUCCGUUUGAAUUUCCCUAUUUAGUAUUAUUUUUUGUCCUAAGUAUAUAUAUUCUUCAACUUUUUCUAUAACUUUGUUGUAUGUCAAGGGACAAGUAAUAGAGCAGGAAACAUCCAUAAAACAUUUGGGAGUAAAUAUCAAUAGCCAGUGUAGCCCAAAAAAUAAAUCCUAUCAAGAAUCCAACAAAUGAGAAAAACACGUAUAAAUAUGAAAACAUUUUCUACAAAAGACCUUAGUGUGGAACUUAGAAUUCGAAGGUCCAGUGCUCCAGUCUUCUGGAUUUUGUAUUUGUUAGCAGAUUCGAUAGGAUUUCUUUUGGUACCUACAUAUCUACUAACUUUCUACAUUUUGCUUAUACAUACAUAUAUAGACUUUUUCUUCUUUUGGCAUCAUAACCCCUGGAGGGGUCUUUGCCUGUCUGAAUAUGUCCUUCCAUUCAGAUCUCCCUUACGGCCCAAGAAAGAUACAUACAUAGACACUGAAGUUAAACAGCCAAUAGAAGUGAUAUUUAAAAGUAAAUUUUUGCAAAUGUUCUUGAUUUUGAUAAUACAAUUAUUCAAAGAUUAUUUUUAAAAAAUGUAAUUAUAAAUGUCAAGCAAUUCUCACACUUUUCAAAUUUUGCCUUUUCUAAACAAAAAGUUAUACACUUCCUUGUAAAUUUUCUUAAAAUUUAAGUUAAUUUGAGUUUUCCAGCUUUUCAGAUUUACCAGAAACAUAUUCCAUUCAAAAUGUAUAAACAUUCUCAAUUUCUUUGCAAAACGAAAAUGCAGCAGCUGCAUAAUACUCUGGUUAAAGCGGAGAGUGCAGGAAGAGUCUAUACCGGUUUCGGAGAUCUUUUUCCCCUCAUCAGUAAACUCAUAUCCUCUUCUCUCCGCUUUAACCAUUUACCAUAGCUUAGGGCCUUCCCGAAUUGCAAAGAAAGAAAUGUCACGGAUGAACUAGGGCCAUCUACCGGAAAACAAACUAAGUUAUCAAUCGAAGCAGCCCAGAAAACGACAAUAAAUAUCGCCUCCGUACCAACAGAUUGACAACAGGUGGUAUACUUUCUUUGGUUACACCCUUAGACAAGGAAAAAAGAGAGGACGGGUAACACUCAUUUAAAACACACGUUCCAAAAGUGAAGCCAGUUUUUGGUUUGUUUGUCACCAGAAACAUGGCGGUCACGUCAAAAAUAACAAUGGGUUGCCAGCGGUGGGUGUUCGUUGAAGGUUAAAAUUUCAUAAAAAAUAAAGUAAAUCAUCAUCUAAAAUUCGUAAUAAAAACAUAUGUAUGUAUUGAAACAUAUGUACGUAAUAUGAGCAACUUAAUAAAACAUUUACCGUACACAAAUUCUUCAUUUUAAAUACAUUUCAUGUUUUUAUUUUAAAUACUCAAUGCAUAACAAUACCCCAAAGAUACGUCGAUGAUCAAAAUCUCUGGUGUCAGUUUGGCUUCACUUUUGGUCAUAGGAUUACUCGUCCUCUCUCUUUCCUUGUCUAAGGUUACACCUCCUGAGACUUUUACAAUUUUUUAAGUCAUACAGGUGCCGAGAAAAUUAAGAUGAGAGAAUUUUAAAUAAUUCACAACUCAUCUAAAAUUGUAAAAGUCAGGAGGUGUAACCAAAGAAAGUAUUCCACCUGUUGUCAAUCUGGUGGUACGGAGGCGAUAUUUAUUGUCGUUUUCUGCGCUGCUUCGAUUGAUAACUUAGUUUAUAUUCCAUUCACUCAUAGUCCUGUCGCCAGGGGGGGUACAACGGCCUCGUUAAUUCAGAUGGACUUACUCAAGUUUUUUUUAUGUAUUUUGACCCGUAGAACACGAAUUUUUUGGGUAACAGUUGAUCCGGAUGUCGAUAAGAUUGUUAUAGACCAAGAACUUGAGGAAUCAAAUAACAGCGAUUUUUGGCAAAACAAAACAAUAUUUUGUAUUUUUUGGGCCAUUUUAAGUAAAAAAUAUUUCUACAAGUUUUUUCGUAGGAUGCACAGUUUUCGAGAUAAACGCGGUUGAACUUUAAAAAAAUCGAAAAAUUGCAAUUUCUGAACCCGAAUAACUUUUGAUUAAAAAAUAAAAUAGCAAGUCUGCUUACCGCAUUUGAAAGUUUAAGUCAAAUUAUAUCGGUUUUGAUUAUUUGCAUUGGUAAAAAUUUAUUUUUUUAUUGUUUAACAAAGCUAUAAACACGUAGGGUUUCCCGUGCUUUUACAUGCGUUUUACCGCAUGUAACGUAGAAAUAGUCUUGAUUGCACUAGUACCUAUUCUACCUACUCGUUCGAUUUUAAAUGAGAAAUCAUAGAAACAUCACUCACGCACUAGUUGUUUGUAGCUUUGUUUAACAAUAACACAAUAAAUUUUUAGCAAUGCAAAUAAUCAAAACCGACAUAAUUUGACUUGAACUUUCAA